AUGUCCAUGUCCGAACCGCCGUCAUCCCCGCCGGGCGGAGACGCAGCGCCGGAAGACUCACUCGCCUGGUACAAAUCGCAAUACGAACAGCUAGAGACAGAACUUGCCGAGUUCAGGGUUUCCAGCGAGGAGCUCGAGAAGGAGUUGGAAAAAGACCUAGAUGCUGCCGAGAAGAGGGAGAAUGCGCUGAAAGAGAAGGCAGAGGGCCUCAGCUUUGAGGUUGACGAGUGGAAGAGGAAGUACAAGGAAUCCAAAGCCGAGGCGAACGCGGCCCAGAACGCCCUGGAGAAGGAGAUCACGACUUUGAGGGACACAAAUCGCACGUUGCAACACAAGCUCCGCGAUAUCGAAGUUGCAAAUGAUGACUUUGAGCGACAAGCACGGAUCACAGGCUCCUCCCUCGAGGACAUGGAGUCGAAAUACAAUGCGACAAUCGAGAGGUCGGUCAUGAUGGAGGAGGAGAUCAAAAUCGGCGAACAAGAACGGGAGCAGCUCAGAAUAGAAGCGCAAAGACUACGAGAAGAGCUAUCCGACCUCAAGAUCGAAGCCGAGAUCCUCCAGGACAAGUUCAAGAAACAAGAAGAGCAGCGCCAUCUGUCCACGAUAUCGACAGACCUUUCUAUUCCUGAAAGCCCCAUGUUCGACAACAGCACCAUGUCCGGUGCGAGCUCCCCUCUCGUUUCAACACCACCCGGAUCAGUAUCAUCGUCAAAAACUCCAGUCCACGAGCCUCCAUCACCACCGAUGUCGGAUGCAUCUGCCCCGAUCCCCAAAUCGAAGCCCAAGGGCCCGCCGACGAAGACACCUGCUCCUGCGGCUGCGAAGCCAAAGAGAUCGAGAUUGCCUUCAAUGGACUCGAGUGUCACAUCAAGACCCCGAGUAUCGUCGACAGCGUCGCGAUCUAGUACUGCUCGACCUUCCACCACGAACACCGCACAACGACCCACACCUGCCCUGCGCAGAACCACGAAACCUCUUCCCACCAAAGCACCUGCUCAGAACAGGAUACCCCCCUCGACGUCCCUCACCCACAUCCGAACUCUUACUGCCCAGAUGCAGCGUCUCGAAGCUCGAGUUCAUUCUGCACGCUCAAAGCUCCCCGCACCCACGGUAACGCCGCCACGUGCCUCUCCUAGAUCUGUCGCUAGCAACAGCAAUGUCACCAUAAGAUCUCGAAAGCGAGGAGUCUCGUCCGUGUCUUCUACUGCGACCAGCACAACGCCCGAUGAUGCAACGCCGACCGGCCACGGUUUCAACAGGAGCACUAAUGGCGGCAGACACUUACCGCGACUUAGUAUAUCGGGCGUCAACAGGCUGUCUUUUGGUCCGCUCCCUAACCGUGGCCCUCUCGACUCAGGAUCCGAGGUCAGCCGUCCCAGCAGCCGAGCCAGCACCUCGAGUUAUGCGCGGCCAGUCAGUCGCGCCGACGGCAGGAACGACAGCAUGAUUGCGCCACCACGCCCAGGAAGUCGCGCAGGCGGUGCAAGGACGCCUCUGGGCCGGCCGAUGAGCCGGACAAGCUUUGGUAGCAGUUUCCACGGACACUCAGUGAGCAGCCUUAGCCUCAGUACGGCAGAAGAAGUCGAGCCGGAGGAACGGACGUAUAGGACACCUAGCAGGCGCGGAACCUAUAGUCGGUUGGAAGGUGGCAGCGGCAUCCCAACACCAAGCGGGCUCCCGAUGCCAACUUCAAGGCGGCAGAGCUUAGCAAGCGUUCAGGCCGAACCAGUCAGGAGACCAAGCUUAGGCCCCACGCUGGUCAAGAAGGCGUCAACGCAGCCUCUGGGCGAUCUGGGAGAGACCUUCUAG